AUGAGUAUAUUUCUACGCAAGAAGGCAGCGGGAAAACUUAUUAUCAUGUCUUUACUGUGUCUCAUGCUUUUUAUGGCUAUUGUACUCAAGAAUGGCGGUCAUGUAACAACGACAACGUCAAAUCCCCUAACCAAUUACAACAACACAACAUCGAUUGUGUCAACUAUAAACUAUGAAGGAAUUGUCACCCUGCAAGAUAUGGAAGAAGCUAUGGAGCUGUACACAACGAAUUCAUUUCCGUUUCCAUUCAUUGCAAAUCCCAUCAGUCGAUGCCAAAUAUCACCGUUUCUCACAAUGAUAACUCCGAGCAGUCCGGAAGAGUUUGUCGCACGUGAAUUCGCCCGUAAAUACAGGGGCAACGUUCAAGAUGUUCUGCAACAUGAGAUAAUACAUUUAUUUAUCAUUGGGAAACCAACAGAAAAUAAAAACGUUGUAACUGCUAAGCUUCUGAACGAGAGCCAUUCAUAUGGAGAUAUAAUUCUUAUUGACGUUUUAGACUCUUACAAAAACCUCACUCUAAAGACAAUAAUGAUGCUCAAAUGGAUCUCAAACUAUUGCUCGAGGACUAAAUAUUUGCUAAAAGUUGACAAUGAUGUCUUAGUAAAUUUAAUCAACUUGAUCAGGCUUUUGGAAUCAGCGCCAAGUAGUAGUUUCGUAACUGGGAAGGUAAGUGAACAUCCAUUCGCAUUUCGAAGACUAACGGUGAAGAAUCCAGUGACAAAAGAAGAAUGGCCAUUGACUAAUUACCCGCCAGUUGCCGUGGGUACAUCUUAUGUUAUAUCAGGUGAUGUUGUGAAAAAAUUGUAUCAGGCAUCUCUUUAUACUAAAUUGUUGAAUAUUGAGGAUGUCUACGUUGGAAUUCUUCUCUCAGUUAUUGGCGUAAGACCACAACAUAAUGAGGGAUUUAGAGUGCCAGCAGAAAGAGCGUGCCUACCCAAAUGUUGUCGGUAUGAUGCGAUAACAUAUCAUUUUGAUGGUAGUGACAAUCUCAUUGAACACUACAGAGAAGUAAAGCUGUUGAACCUAACAGGUCAUUGCAUGUAA